AAGCAUCUAUGAGUUGUGGAGUGACGGGGGAAAGAGAAGGAAGCUGUUAUGUCCUUUUCUUGCAUCCCAAGCAACAACUCCUUGGGAUUACUUGCAGUCUGGAAAACAUCGCAUUUCCUCCAUUGAUGAAUAAAAAUGGCAGAAAGCAGCUCUCUUGAAUAUACUCCCACAUGGGUCGUCGCCUUCAUCUGUUUCGUCAUUGUUACAUUGUCCCUUCUCGCUGAACGCGGCCUUCACCGCCUUGGAAAGUGUCUGAAGCACAGGCGGCAAGAUGCGUUGUUCGAGGCUCUGCAGAAACUGAAAGAAGAACUGAUGCUGCUCGGUUUUAUUUCCCUCCUGCUGACGGUUUCUCAGAAUGCGAUAAGCCAUAUAUGUGUCCCACCGGCCGUUGUAGACAACAUGUUCCCCUGCAAGAAGCCUUCCGAGAACAACCAUCACGCUGGAUCUUCUCAUUCGGUUAUCUUCUUCAAUGGCCGACGUCUCCUUUCAACAGCUUCGCCGGACCAUUGUGCUCCAAAGGGGAAGGUUCCAUUAGUAACGAUCGAAGCAUUGCACCAACUGCACAUCUUCAUCUUCGUAUUAGCGGUUUUUCACGUGAUUUUCUGUGCCACGACAAUGGUUCUUGGAGGCGCGAGGAUUCAGCAGUGGAAACAAUGGGAGGACUGGAUCAAGAAAAACCCUUCUGAAACGGUUGCAGGCUCACGGAAGCGCACUCAUGCGCAUCAUCACCAGUUCUUUGAGACGCAUGCCGGUGGAUUCUGGAGACGAGCCGUUGUUGUCAGUUGGCUAAGAUCAUUCUUCAAGCAGUUUUACGGGUCGGUCACAAAGUCGGACUACAUAGCUCUAAGGAAUGGAUUCAUCAUGACUCACUGCCCCUCGAACCGAAAAUUCGAUUUUCACAAGUACAUGCUAAGGACUCUUGAGAUAGACUUCAAAAAGGUUGUGGGCAUAAGUUGGUAUCUUUGGCUAUUCGUCGUUGUGUUUUUGCUGCUGGAUGUCGGAGGAUGGAAUACGUAUUUCUGGCUGUCGUUCUUACCGCUAAUCCUCUUGGUGAUGGUGGGAGCUAAGUUGGAAAACAUCAUAAGCAGUCUGGCGUUGGACGUUUCGGAGAAGAGAAACCGUGAGCAAGAAUCCGAAAGAACCAUCAAACCGUCGGACGAGCUCUUCUGGUUCCAUCGGCCGAGCAUCGUCCUCUCCCUCAUCCAUUUCAUUCUCUUCCAAAACUCGUUCGAGAUCGCUUUCUUCUUCUGGAUAUUGUUCACUUAUGGAAUAAAGUCUUGCAUUAUGGAGAGGCUAGGCUUCCUCAUCCCAAGACUUGUCAUGGGAGUGUUGGUCCAAGUGCUCUGCAGUUACAGUACAUUGCCACUGUAUGCUCUUGUUACACAGAUGGGUAGCAAAUUCAAGAAAGGGAUAUUCGACGAAUUAGUGCAUUCAGCAAUUGAUCUCUGGGUCGAAGAUACGAGGAACAAAGGUGAAUCGACAACAGAGACUCGUAGGAUGCAGACACACCAAACUCCGCACGAUGGCAAUGUCGUCCGACAACUAACCUUCGACGUUGAAGUGAUCCCCAAUCCAUGACAUCACACAUUGAUUUUUUUUUUUGGUUUAGUGUCCGUUUGAUUUCGUGUGCGUUUGUUUGCAAGUAUAUAUUGUUUUCAAUUCCGUACGUUAAUUUGCUUUCUCGUUCGUUGAGUUGAUUUAUACUAAUAGAUGACAAUCAUAUAUUUCUUUAGUUUAAUUUGUUCCAGGAAUGCA